CUACAAUAUGUCUAUAAAGUGACUUGACUGCAGCAGCGAGCCAGCAACAUGCAGGUGGUUAGACUGAAGAUGACUUGGUGGACAUUUUGCGUCCCCGUUUUAUUGUUUUGGGUGACAUUUGUCACAUGUCAACAGUGUCAAAGACAACAGUUUGGCAGCAUAGAUGGCGACAUAAUUUUGGGGGCUACGUUUAACAUACACGCGCAGGCGGCGGGUGCAGAGGGUUGCUCUGAGAAAGUGAACGCGGACGCUGUUCAGAGAUUAGAGGCCGCACAUUUUGCAGUGCAGAAGCUGAAUGAAGAUAAAUUUUUACCUGGUGUUACCUUUGGUAUUCGUUCCUACGAUGACUGCGGCCGUCCCGAUGUGGCUGUACAUCGCGCCGUGGACUUCCUGGCUGAGAGGGAAAAGUACGCUGACGACUCGGGAAGUAUCUGCCCAGCAAAUGUAAUGUUUCCAGGAAUGUUAUCUGCCCUAUACAGCGGUGUGACGGCCCGGGUGGCUCAGUUUCUGAACUAUAUCCCUAUGCCUACAGUCAGUUACGCCUCUCACAGUCUGGAGCUCAGUGACACCAACAAGUUCCCUUAUUUCCAGAGACUGGUGCCAAGCGCCACCUCUGCUGUAAAGGUGGGUGUUACUUUUUAUAAAUCUAACUUCUAA